GAUGUUAAAGACGAAGACUUUGCCCGCGGUCGUUAUCGAGCGGACGCCAUAUACAUGCGAGGGACGGAGGAACUGAGCACCAAAGACAUCUUUGAUUAUUUCCAAGCGUAUGCUCCCGCAAAUAUUGAAUGGAUAAACGAUUAUAGCUGUAAUGUGGUGUGGUUGGAUGCAGCCGGGCCAGUGCGUGCCCUCAUAGGCUUAUCCUGCCCUAUUCUACCUCGUGAAGUAGACCUCAGGAAGAGCCGUCGUGCAAAUAAAGUUAAAUCGAGUAAAAAAUCGCGUGAUAUGUCAACGGACAGUGAGGGAGAGGAGCCAAAGAAGGUGAAGGUGAAAAAGGAGAAGAAAGAGAAGAAGAAAGCUGCCAAAAGCAAAACCGGAGGAGGUACCAGCAGCAGCAGUUCGAGCAGCAGCUCAAGCAGCGAGAGCGAUGGUGAGAGCUCCUCUUCCAGUUCCUCCUCGAGCAGCAGCAGUAGCAACAGCAGCGGGAGCAGCAGCAGUAGCAGCAGCAGCUCCAGCUCGACAGAGGACGAAGCGCAAGGCAACAAGGAGAAGACCAAAAAGAAGAAGAAAAAAGUCAAAGUCAAGGUGGAGAAGAUGGACGAGGACCCUGUCGUCGUCGUCGGAGGGGAGCAGGAGAGCAGCAUAACCACAGAAGACGUGGCGGUCCCUGUUCCUCCUGGCAGAUGGCGGCUGGGGGUGCCUUGCCCGCGGACCAAAGCCAUUCUCCUGCGCUUUGCCAGCAACAAGGACAAAAAGGAGGAAGGUGCCGAGAGGAAGUCUGAAUAUUACCGCAAGCAUGGGAAUCCCAACUAUGGGGGCAUCAAGGGGCUCUUAAGCGAGAGCGGGCGACGAAGAAUGCGAGAAGCCCAGAGGAGACGAGAACUGGAGGAGCAGCGGAACAAGCGCAUAGAUCUGGACAACCCCAAGAACCCAUGGGGGAUGCUGGCUCAGAACUGGGGUCGUAAGGAGAGCCAGGAGGAGGACAGAAUUGAUUAUCAGGCGCUGUUGCGGAAGCAUACCAAAGUUGUAUCCCAGAAGAGGAAACGUGAGGAUGACAGCGACUAUGAAGAGAUGUUGGGCAGUUAUCAGGAGGAGGAUACUAAGCAAGGAAGUGAUGAUAGUGAUGAUAUAGUUCCUUGGAACAGGAAAAUCAAGAGUCCAAGGAUGAAGAUGUAUGCGGAUGCAGAGCAGAAGAAGCAGAGCCAGAGGUCGAGCACAGAUCUGCGGAGCCGACUGUCGGGUGGAAAGUUCCGUGGAGGUGUCAGCAUCCAGGACAGACUGCUGGAUGUACGCAGCCCAGCUAGGGGCGGCGAUGCCAGGAACAAGCUCGAUCUACGUGCAAAGCUGAUGAGCAAGCGGAGACGAGAGCCUGUUUCUGUAGAGGUGGACAAUGACCGUUACUACCGCUUGAUUGCCAGUGAUGAAGAUUAAGACGUGUAGGCACUAAUUAUCACUAAUGCAAUUAAUGUAAAAAAAAAAGAAAUAGAAAAAAGAAAAAAAAAGAUAUUUAAGAAGGUGUGAUGGAAAUUUUUGAUUGAUAUCAUUUUUUUUUAAUUUAGGAUGGGGGGAGGUGACAUAUCUCUGAGUGAUUUUUUUUUUUUUUUUUUUUUUUUUUUUUUGUAUCUCAACUACUUGCUCAUUUAUUAUAUUUAUCUAAGAUUUCUGUAAAUAAUGACAAGGCUCAUCAGCCUCUCUGAUGGCUGGCAUUGCUCUUUGAAAAUCAUUUUUGGAAUUUACUUCUUCGUACACACUCAAACUACAGUCUAUACGAUCACGUUAUUGUGAGUUGAGACAUUGAUGAUGAGUCCACGUACAGGUCUUGAAAAGGAUACGGUUAUUCACUGAAUUCUUAGUCGUCUUCUGAUGUAAAAGGUGUCAAUUCUUGGCCAGUGGGAAAGUAUCGUAUGUAAAUUUGAUCUCUUUGCAUUCUCACAAAAUUUAAAGACACAAAAAAAGAAAAAAAGAAAAAAAAGUAAUUUUAGAUGAAAGUUUAUUUUUAAUAAGCAUUAACGCGUGUAUUUUUGACGAACUUGUUGCUGGUACGUUUUAUCAGAGCAAGUACAAAGGAAUUGUGUAUAUAUCUAGGCCACUUAUAUGCUGGUUUUCCUUCCUGUACUAUAAGGUUUCCUGUAUAAGGGAUGCGAGAGAGAUGUAUUUAUUAAAUAAGACAUUUGAUGUUUUUGACAUGCCAUAGAAAAAAGAAAAGAAAAAGAAGGGGGAGGGGGGGGAGCAUUGUAAAAAAUACUCUUUUGUAUCAAGAGAUGAUAAUGUAUAAGUAUCAGAGUUGAAUGAAAUAUAUAUUAAAUGCUAAGUGUUCUUUGUGAAAAAUGGAAAAGUGUUGAUGUAAAUAUGUUUACCAUGCUCAGUCUUUCUUAUUGUACAUUUGUGAAUGUGCUUUUUCUGUAAAAAAAAAAAAAAAAAAGAGAGAAAGAAAUAGAAGAACAUAAAGAAAUAACUUUCGAUCAAUAAAUUUUACACAGUAGUUUUUAAGAUUAGCC